AUGUCCGACGAACAGAAGCCUGCUACCACCCAGGCGGUCAACGCUGAGGCAGAGAAGGACGUCCAGAAUGUCCUCGCGGAGCUGAAGGGCGAGGCUGAGGCUGAGGCUCCCGCCAACGGUGCGGAGAAGAAGGACGAAGAUGCUGAGGAGGCCCGAAUUGUUGCUGCCGCUGCUAAGCUUGGAGAACAAUCGGCAAAGGCCGAGGAGACUAGUGCACAAGAACACGACAACCGAGGCCGCCGUCCCUACCGCAACAACAGCAAGUUCGAUCCUUCCAACCAGAAGGAGACCGAUGACCCUGUCGAGAUCCGCAAGCAGGUGGAGUUUUACUUCUCCGAUUCCAACCUCCCCAUGGACAAGUUCCUGUUCUCCAAGGUCGGCGGCAGCAAGAAUAACGCUGUUCCCCUCGAUCUUCUGCACUCUUUCAAGCGCAUGCGUCGAUUCCAACCCUUUAGCGCUAUUGUCGAGGCUCUCAAGUCCUCCGAGACUUUGGAGCUGACAGAGAACGAUACCUGUGUGCGCCGUAAGACUCCUCUCCCUGAAUCCGUGAGCGAGAACCACGAUCCUACGGUCGCCAAGGUCUUCGAGGACAAGGCUAUGAGCCGUAGCAUCUACGCCAAGGGAUUUGGAGAGGAGCAACCCAGCACACAGCUCGAUAUCGAGGCCUUCUUUGCUCCAUAUGGACCCGUCAACGCGAUCCGCCUCCGCCGCACACACGACAAGCUGUUCAAGGGCAGCGUCUUUGUUGAGUUCGCAUCCGAGGAGAAGCAGAAGGCCUUUCUGGAGUUGGACCCCAAGCCUCAGUGGAAGAGCGAGGACCUGCUCAUCAAGAGCAAGAAGGACUACUGUGAAGAGAAAGUCCGAGAAAUUGAAGCCGGCCGUAUUAGGCCCAGCGGUUCUCGGGGCCGGGGUGGCCCCAGGGGAGGCCGUGGAGGAAACCGACGUGGUGACCGACGUGGCGGACGUGGUGGUGACAACCGCGACUGGCGAGAGCGCCGCACGGAGGAUCAGAAAAAGGGAUUCAGCAACGGACGUCCUCGUGACAUCCAGAAAGACUCUCGUGGUGUCCCUGUUGUGCAGAGCACAGCUGAAGCUGGACAGAAGCGCGGCCGUGAGGAUGAAUCCAACGGGGAUCACCCGGCCAAGAAGGUGGAUGUCAAGGAGUGA